GAGGAAGGAGACGUGUCCCAUCGCAGAUUAGCCUUAAACGGACUGAUGGAGGCAGACAUCACCGGAGCAAACAUGGGAGAAAAAGCAGAGGCAGACGUGGAAAUGACUGAAAACCCGUUUGAGCCCUACAUUGAAUCUGUCCGUCAACAGCUGGAAGACCAAGACCCGGUGUUUCUGAUCGGAGUGAUCGUCGCUUUGGCGGUGGUCAUCAUCACCUGCGUGUUUCUGAAGUACUUUCUCACCAGUAAAACUGUCCGGACUGCUGUGCUGCUGGUCGGGCUGUGUGACUCUGGGAAAACCCUGCUUUUCAGCCGUCUCUUGUCAGGAAAGUUUAAGCGCACACAGACCUCCAUCACUGACAGCAGUGCUCCAUACAAAGCCAAAAAUGAGAAGGGCAGCACCUGGACUCUGAUAGACCUGCCAGGACAUGACAGUCUCCGACCUCAGUACCUGGAGAAGUUCAAGUCGGCAGCCAGAGCGAUUGUGUUUGUCGUGGACAGCGCCAUCUUCCAGAAAGAAGUGAGAGAUGUGGCAGAGUUUCUGUACGUGUUGUUGACCGACACUGUGAUCUCCAGAAAUGCUCCAGCUCUCGUGGUGGCAUGCAACAAGCAAGACAUCACUAUGGCAAAGUCGGCCAAACUGAUUCAGCAGCAGCUGGAAAAGGAAAUGAACACCUUGAGAGUGACUCGCUCGGCAGCGCUGAGCUCUCAGGACGGCUCUGUUGGCGGCAGUCUGUAUCUGGGCAAAAAAGGCAAGGACUUCGAGUUCAGCCAGCUGCCCAUGAAGGUGGAGUUCCUUGAGUGCAGCGCCCGCGGCAGCAAGGGUGACGAGGGGGAUGCAGACAUUGAGGGCCUGGAGAAGAGCCUGGCUAAACUGUGAAGUCAGCAGCUUAAUAGCCUCAGUGCGCAUUUUGCCUUAAAGGCACAAACGUCAGAUCAGACCACCUCAACGUCCACCGGCACCUCAGCAAUCAAAGGGAGAAAGACAAACGCCUCUCGGUGGGGUGUCUGUGUAACGUUCACCUCUUAACGCCAUUUAAGCAUGAAAUAUCUGUGCAACACACGAAAGGAUUUUCAUGGUGGAAGACGUUCAAUCAAACAUAUGAGAUAGACUAUUAUUGUAAUUGUGGACAUUAAAGAAAUGAGAACUGAUGUAGCAGUUUGUCAGGUCGUUCUGCAGUGCUGUGAAAUGAUCCUGCUUAUCCAAUAUAGUGUGAACAUCCACUUUAAAGAGUUUUGUUUGGAAAUUAUACAGCUUAGGAAUUAUGUAAGAUUUCACCAGAUUUAUUUUAAGAUGUCCUCUUGUCCGAGCUGUGAAACUAGACAGGUGUGAACUGCAUUUAUUCGUUAACUUGGACUGCCUGCCUUGUGCCUUUUUUCUGGUAUUGUUAUAGACACACGUUUUGCUUUUUUGCAGAAGAAUGAUUGUUCACUUGUGUGAAAGUGUGAAUACAGUGCAUUUGCAAUGAAUGUAUGAAUUUGCUGCAGUCGUACGAGAGGGACACUUUGUGUUUAUGUUGUCUGGCUUGUUUAAGUAACUGAAACUAAAGCUUUUGAUGCAAAUGCUGAA